AUGGAGAAACCCAAGGCGUCCCAGAAACAUGGGCUGACGCAAAUUCCCGAAGCCACUGAUCCAGGAAUCACCUUGCCAAUAUAUGAGGACGACCUUAGUGGCGGAGACCCCAACCAGCCCCAGAAAUUAGGGUCUUACCGGGUCAGGGCCGGGAAGUUCUCUAACACACUGAGUAACCUGCUGCCCACAAUCAGUGCUAAAUUGCACCACUCGCGCAAGGCCUCCGGUACACCUAAGCAUCCGCCGGAAACAGUUCUGAGUGGGUCGUCCAGCGAGAACACCAGCCAAUCCCAGGUGAGCCUCUCAGGCCAAAUCACGCCUCCAGAGCCUACGCAGGCUUUCGCUGACGAUUUUGCCGGUCAGCAUGAGGACGCGCUUUUCGGCCCAACCGCCCCACCAGGCCGGAAUUCCGGAGAGUCGUUUUCCUUUAACCUCAACGGCCAUGCUUUACACCCAUCAUCCUCCAACACCGUAUCUCGCACCAGGAACAACACCGUUUCAUCUCAGGUUACCUCGUUCUCCGCUGUUCCCUCGGCGUCUGGUAACCUGUGGUCCAACAACAACCCUUCGCAUAACGACAUGCAUACCAACUCUGGACUUCCUGCUGGUCCCUUUGCCGCAACAGUCAGUCCGCUUAACGAUUAUUCAUCCAAUGCAUAUUUUGAGAUGGCCAAAUCCGGAGGUGCUCACCCCACCAACCAUCAAAAUUCCAGCAAUUUAACGGUGCCGGGAAUGGGAGCCGGAAAUGCUCCAGGAGCUUCAGCUGGUACAGCUGGUAUCUGGAACUCUCGCCAGAGAUCACACUCCAAUGCUUCCAGUAUUUACACCGACGCUCCAAUCUACGAAAAUUUGACACAAAACCGCUCUCGUGCUUCCACUUUUGGCGUAGGUCUGGAACCGGCACCUGCUGUUUCCAACACCAUACCGCCUACCAUCCAACACAUACAAUCGGGCCCCACUGUAAUAGACGAUGUAGACCCAAGAUCCAUCAAUUGGGUGACAACGGACCCCUCUGUUCCUGCUAUAAAUCAGAUUUCUAACCUUCUCCCAACCAACACUGUGUCCAUAUCCAACGUUUACUCAUUACAGCAGCAACAACCACAACUGUCCAAUGCGAUCAAUUUGACAAGUACCAGUUUAGCAACACUCUGUCUGAGAUUUGGGAAUGUAACUUCCGCGAGAACCUUAAAACGUAUAAAUAUGGCCAUUGUUGAAUUUGACUCUGUCGAAUCAGCUAUGCGGGCAAAAGAUGCACUCCACGGCAAAGAAGUGUCCUUGGUUGGUGCCCCCAGCUUUGUCUCUUUUGCUAAAGUGCUACCAAUGCAUCAGCAAGCUAUGUCGUCCUCUCAUUCGUUGAACAGUGGGUCAACCGUUGGACCACAGUCACUACUUCAAGAGCAGCUUUACAAUGGUUCUGUCACAUUUCAGCAGCAGGGGAAUGUCUCCAUUCCAGUACUAAACGGACCUGCCCAACAGCAAGCCUUGAAUCAAUCCCAUUCGCAGACUCAACAACCACAAUUACAGGCACAGCAACAACAACAACAUCGGUCAUCAAGCUCGAAUGCAAAUUCGAAUCACCAUCCUGGCUCCUCUCACGGUAAUUCAGAGAAAGAGCCCUGUCCAUUUCCUUUACCCCCCCCUGGGAUUGCCGAAUACAUUCAUGCCCUGGAGGACACAAUAAGCUCUUUUGGCACCAGCCACGACUCGGCCCAGACCAGAAAAGUUGUUAAGAACGCUAUCGUGAACCGUAGGACUGCCGAUACCGCCGAUUUUGGCCCACUACCAGAUCCAUUGCCUAAUAGAGAAUUCGACGCCCCCAAACUACGGGAAAUUCGCAAGGCUAUUGAUCUCAAUUCUAUGAGUGACAUAGAGAUCGAGCAACUGGUCAUUGCAAUGCUAGACGAAUUGCCCGAAUUGUGCUCAGAUUACUUAGGUAAUACCAUUGUGCAAAAGUUGUUUGAGCACUCUUCUGUGGUUGUCAAAGAUAUUAUGUUGAGACAAACAAACAAAUACCUGACCUCUAUGGGUGUUCAUAAAAAUGGUACUUGGGCCUGCCAAAAGAUAAUCACCAUGGCCAAUACUCCAAGGCAAAAAAUGCUAGUGGUAAAAGGUGUUGAAAAGUACUGCACUCCCUUAUUCAACGAUCAAUUCGGUAAUUACGUGACCCAAUGCGUUCUAAAAUUCGGGUUUCCAUGGAAUAAUUUCAUCUUCGAGCAUAUAAUUUCCAAUUUCUGGACUAUUGCUCAAAAUAGAUAUGGCGCGAGAGCUGUCCGUGCGUGCCUAGAGGCUCACGAUUUGAUAACACGGGAACAAUUGCUUGUGUUGAGUGGUAUGAUCGUGCUCUACACAGAAUAUCUAGCAACGAAUAGCAACGGCGCUCUAUUGGUGACUUGGUUUUUGGAUACAUGCACUCUUCCUCACAGGCACUCCUUACUAGCCCCUAAGCUUGCUACUAAUAUCGUGGAACUGUGUUGCCACAAACUUGCUUCGCUCACUGUGUUAAAGGUGUUGAACUACAGGGGCGAUGACCGGGCUAAGAGGCUUAUCUUGGAUACAAUAUUUGGUAAGAAGGAAUCUGACGUGCCAUCACCUCACCUAGGCCAGAUUUUGAGUGAUACAAAUUACGGACCAACAUUCUUGUACAAAGUUCUUACAAUGUCGCUGCUAGAAGGAGAUGUCAGGGUGCACGUCGUCCAGCAACUCCGCCGCGCGUUACUAGAGAUUAAUCCGACGUCCCAGCAUCGCCGCUUGAUGGAGGAGGUUGGUCUCGGCGGGACCGCCGUAGUGCCAUCCACGGCCCCUUCGGUUUCCAUGCCAUCGAAACACCGUCCAAGUAUGUCGCAUGUUUUCAGCCCGGAAGGAGUUGGUCAUAUGCGUAAUAUGUCAGUGGGCAGUAAUUUGAGCUCUGGUUCUCGUCCUCGGGCGCUGUCGAAUAGUGCGCUAGGUGCAAUACCGGCCACUGCCGGAUUACAAAACGUGGGCAACCCAGGCUCUGCGGCAACAAAUCCCAUAGCGCAAAACCAGAAAUUAGGCAUUCCUGGCGGAUUCUACAACUAUCCAGGGGGGUUUCCUGUAUCCGGAGGCAACAGUCGUGGAGGGUUGCCAAUUGUUGGCGAUGACCUUACAUCUCAAUUCGACAUGCUCAGCCUACAGAACACAACUCAAAUUUCGCUACCACAACUCAGUAUGAGUAACAGUGGCGGGACAUACAAUACCAACAACAAUAGUAUCAGCAACGGCUCUUCCAGUAAUGGAAAUGGCAACGGCAACAAUUAUCUUAAGCCCGGGAACAGCAACAGCGGCAACAUGUACGGCAUGUUUGGAUCUUAA